GCAACUAUGACAAGUGUUAAACCACCUUGGUGCGUGUCUGAAGCUUCCGAUUCUGUUCCCUCUCCCAGUUCGGAUACGAAAUUAUGUUCUGCAGAAGCGGAUGCGGCCGUGAAAGAAGUCGGUUUUGGUGUAAAGGAAAUUCUACUAGCUGCAAAAGAUUUACCAUGCACUGAUUCGCUUGCUUACAUCAACUUGACUACAUUAGAGGGGGAGUCCAUGUGCGUGGAGGUUAGCUGUAAAGGCUUCGCUCCUGUUGGCGAGAGUUACGAUCAAACCUCCGGACUUGACUGCCACGAACCUCAGCACUAUGAAACCAUCUACGCUCUUUUGUCAACACGCAGUGCCAUGUUUCGAGACAAAUUCUCACAGCGUCUGUGUGACAAGCUAACUGAUCUGCAGAAGCCGCUUCAAUCUGAUCUUGAUUGAUCUGCACAGGAUCAAGACAUAGACUAGUUUUCUUACUUCCGAACUGUUCCUAUUGUUGUUGUACAGUGCACGUUCACACAUACUACUCACUUUGUAUGUCCUCACGACACUCCCUUGUGAAGGCCCUGGACCUUUCACUUACCUGUGUGCGUGCGUAUCUGUUUGAUUUUUGGCCGCGCCCUCAGUGUAUAUAUCGUGUCUUAUACAUGCAUAUUUGUCUGACAUACGUCUCGUGUUUGUUCAGUCACCUUUAUAUUCGAUUGUGAACGCUUGAGUAGUGCCAGAUCCUCAUUUUAGUGAACGUAUUUUACUUAUGACGGCGUUUGUCCUAUUGUUAUUUACCACUUCGACAGCUGGUGCUCACCGGAUGACCUCAAUCGAUUAUGCACGUGAUUAGUUCAAUCGUGCCUGUGAUCGACACAUCAAUAUCCUUACAGAACAGGUGCAUUCACCGGGCCGAUAUCGAACAAUAUCAGAGAGUGAAGUGCCUUUGAAUUCUUCCUAUGUCCGCUCUCACCAACUGCACCUUGAAAAUUGUAUCCGCGUGGCCACAAACUACGCAUGAGAUGUGACACAGAUGUCCAAGUGAAUCGCUUAUUGGAAAACAAAUAGCGCUCAGGAAACCGCUUCGGAGUCAUGCUCAUUGCUUCAACUUAUGGUCCGCAGAACAGCAUUAUGAAACCACAUUGAAACAUCAGCUGUCUCUAAGUAGAUGAAUUAACCGGGAGCAGAUUUGAAUCAGUUCUAAUGUGUGGUGAAGAGGAACUUUAGGAGACAAGGACCCUAUCUGGCGAUGCCUCACAGAAUGCGCGCAUCUCCGAAACGAUGUCAUACGUAUUGUUCGGAAUUCCAUGUCAUUACACGUGAACCAUGGUUCACUGCUAUCGACAGCAGCUUAGUGUUGCUCCAGCCCGUUGAUGUACGGACGCAAGAAAGACCAAAUUGAUUGCAAAAAUUAAACAACCGUUUCAUUUUUUGCAUCAAAUCUUCCUUUCUUUUUUAUUUUUCAUUAUCAUCUGGAUAUUUACUUGGGUGGCGGCAACUUAUCGGCACCUUGUUAUGUAAAGCAUCACAGCUGGCAGUGGUGGUAAUGAUUUAUUCCCAAGCCCGCUAGUUUUGACCCCGGGCAGAACAUCUCGUCAGAAUUGUUGUAUCACAACUGUUCCAGUAAUCGAAUGAACACAC